GCUAAGUAAACAUGGCGAGCCUCGCAGAUGUCGGCAGGAAGCUCCUGGAAUUUAAAGCCAGAUCAAAUAGAUCAGAUUUGUGAAUUAGCUGAGAGAGAAAAGAGGGAGAGAGACAGAGACGAUUGGCCUUAAUUUCACCUUUUGAGAAUGGCUGUUUCAGUGCCUGCGGUAACCCGGCCCCAUCGGGAAGUCCUCAGAAUCGGUUCCAUCUAUGAACCUAUGAAACUGGCUAAUCUCGAGCAUGAUGAUGAACCCCUGUGGGAGAAGCUGGACCAUUACUAUAAUGCUGGUGGAGGAGUUUAAAAAUGAUCCCAGCCCCUCGAAGUGCCUGCACUCUGUGUUCGAUGUGGACACCGGCGACGAGGUUUACACAUACAAAGACUAUCACCACCUACAGAUCGAUGCUGUGUCUCUGUUCCUGCUGUACCUGGUAGAGAUGAUCUGCUCUGGUCUGCAGAUCAUUUACAACACUGAUGAGGUCUCCUUCAUCCAGAAUCUGGUGUUCUGCGUGGAGAGAGCCUACAGGGUGCCUGACUACGGCAUGUGGGAGCGAGGCAGCAAAUACAACAAUGGCAGCACGGAGCUGCACUCCAGUUCUGUGGGUCUCGCCAAAGCUGCUCUGGAGGCCAUCAAUGGAUUCAAUCUGUUUGGAAACCAGGGCUGCUCGUGGUCCGUGAUAUUUGUGGAUCUGGACGCCCACAACAGGAACAGGCAAACCCUCUGCUCACUGCUGCCAAGAGAGUCUCGCUCCCAUCUUUUUGAUGGGAUCGAGUGCGAGUUUCCCAUGUUUUUCAUCUACAUGAUGAUUGACGGGGUGUUCAGAGGGAAUAAGGCACAGGUCAAAGAAUACCAAGACCUCCUUGAACCCAUCAUUUUCCGGUCUUAUGAGGGUCAUGUUGUGAUUCCCAAAUACUACUAUGUACCGGCUGACUUUGUGGAGGCUGAGCAGAACAAACAUGGGAGCCAGAAGCGUUUCCCAAGCAACUCAGGCCGUGACGGAAAGAUGUUCUUAUGGGGUCAAGCUCUGUAUAAUAUUGCCAAGCUUUUAGUGGAUGAACUAAUCAGCCCUAAAGACAUUGAUCCCAUUCAUCGAUAUGUGCCGCGGCAGGAUCAGCGCAAUGUCAGCAUGCGGUACUCGAACCAGGGACCCAUAGAGAACGAUGUUGUGAUUCAUGUGGCCCUGAUAGCAGAAAGCCAGAGGCAUACCGUUUUCUAGCCAUCAAUCAGAAGCUGGGGUUGAGUGGACGUCCAGAUAGACCCGUGGGCUGCAUUGGGACCUGCAAGAUUUAUCGUAUCUUGGGCAAGACGGUGGUGUGCUAUCCAAUAGUGUUUGAUCUAAGCGACUUUUACUUGUCACAAGAUGUUAUGCUGCUGAUUGAUGACAUUAAGAAUGCCUUGCAGUUCAUCAAACAGUGCUGGAAGAUGCAGGGACGUCCCCUCUUCCUGGUUCUCAUCCGUGAGGAUAAUAUCAAAGGGAGUCGCUUCAACCCGGUCUUGGACAUGCUGGCGUCCUUCAAGAAAGGCAUCCUUGGUGACGUCAAAGUUCACGUGGACAGACUGCAGACCCUAAUAUCCGGGGCAUUCGUGGAGCAAUUGGACUUUCUGCGUGUCAAUGAAGCAGAAAUCCCAGAGUUUAAGAGCUUCGAGGAGCUGGAGCUGCCAAAGCACUCAAAGGUGAAGAGACAGACGAGCACUCCGAACGCCUCAGACCUGGAGCAGCAGCCGGAGAUCAGCGUGGAGGAGUGGCAGAACAAACCCACCCAUGAGAUCCUGCAGAAGUUUCACGAGAGCGGCUGCUUAGCCAGUCAGGCGCAACUUGCCAGCAUCCUUCUCAGGAGAGAAGGACCUGACUUUCUUGAAAAAGAUGAGAACCUGAUGGAGGAACUGGAGAGAAUCUACAGAAGAGCUGGCAGCAGAAAACUUUGGCUGGCAGUGCGGCGCGCUGCUGCCAUUACCAAGAAGUUUGCCAGCUCUAUAGCGCCUCACAUCACCACAAUUCUGGUGCAUGGGAAACAGGUAAUGGUCAGGCACAGAUGGAGGAAACACCCCCGCAUGCAUCAGCUGGCUAACUAG